AUGGCGGACUCUCCUAUCCGACGACUUUCCACCGCUAGCUCAAACAGCAGCUUCAAGCGAGAAGAGGAUCUCAUCAAUGCCUAUGAAGCAGAGGAAGAAAGGAUCAUUAAUGUCUUGUCUCGUAAACUCGAGCAGCUUCGUGAGGAGAAAAUCCAACUCGAAAACGCUCUCGAGGCAGAGUCAGAAUCUCAUGUGAAUAGGCUUAGUCGGGAACUGUCUGCAUUGCGGCAGCAGCAGCAGCAAUCUGGAACGAAUGGGAUCACCACUUCACCAGACAACAGGGUGGGACUUCCAACGUUUAUGGCUGGUCGAGACCCUAUGAUCCCAAGUGCAGAAGUCAUGCUGGAAGCCAUGAGACGGGAAAACGAGCAAUUGCGCAACCGCCUAGUUGAUACAGAAAGAGACUAUGUGCGGGUGUCACGAUUAAAUGAAGUGUAUCGUGAAGAACUACUUGAACAUAGGAGACGGCUCGGUUUGUCAGUAGACAACCUAGUCGGCCUGUCCUCUGCAGAUCCGUAUUCGCAGCCUACACAUCGACGAUCUAUGUCUAAUCUAUCAUCGCCUAAUACAUCUGUGCCCCAGACUUCGCACGCAAUCCAUGGUGUCCCUAUUCCCCGGCCUUCGUCCUCGAUACGGCGCCCAUCGAACAAUAUGUCAGAAAGUAAUACACCAUUGUCGCAUUCUCCAUCCUCAACAGAGUCACCAUUCCCAUUCUCGCCUAUUGUUGGAACAAAUCCUGCAAGUUUUGUCAGUAAUGGGACGCAUAUGACGACGCCACCAUCGUCCGCUUCAUUAACAUCAAAUCCCCCAUCAACAUUCACUAUUCCUCAUAUGUUGUCUUAUCCCUCGGUACCACCGCCGUCGCUGUCUUCUUCGUAUGGAUCACCUAAUGUGUCUUACGUACCGCAUCGCGAUCACUCAAUGUCUCCUGUGGUACCUUUAAGUAGGCGCAGUUCGAACGCACGAGGAAGCAUUGAACGUCGCUUCGCGGAGCCAGUGACCGGUCGGAGUCAGAGCAGGCACGGGAGUGUCGAGAGGGGCGCACGCGUCGCGGAGACAGGGACAUUGAUUCCCCGCUCCCGUCGUGACAGCCAAAAUGUUUCAGUCACCGCAGAGGCGUCUACUGCGGCGGAGGGAAACGUAUCAAUGCCACCAACACCCCCAACACCGUAUUCAUGGGAGACGACGGAACUCAACAAUAAUCUUCCAGAACAACUUGAUCAUCAUCAUCAUCAGCCCGCUCAACACGCUUUGAAUCCACAGCACCAACCUCAAAAUGUAUAUGCCACGUCACCGUCUGUCAUUGAGCUUCAAGAACACGUACCCGUUGUCCCAAGUCAACACCGAACGCCAGGGACUUCCACGAGAAGACAAAAUGUCGUGUCUCAAGAUAUGAGACCUCAUAUACGCGUUGAUACGACACGUCAUAUGACGCAUAGCACUAGCCCACCGUCUGGCCCACCCUCUGCUGGCGAUGUGCAUUCAGUAGGACCAGUGCGGGCGAGAACAUCGUCCGCGCACAACAUGGUACACCCAUAUCGUCGCCCCCAUAGUGCGAACCCAAGUCGAGAUAAUCUACCUGUGAGACAGUCAAGUAGCAGUUAUGCAGCAAGUUUGUCUAUGCCGGCUCCUUCAAGAACUGCAGCCCAAACACCCAUUCCUGCCUCAUUACACAGGACCGCCAUCAUCAGCCCAUCCCAUGUCAUCCCACCUAUAUCAUCCAACGCGACUUUUAUACCUAGAGCCGAUUACUUCUUUUGCAGCGAGAGCAGAGUGUCAACAGCAUUGUUUGAACUUCCAGGAGUGAAGAAGAGCGAUUUGAAGAUCGAGUUAUCAAUGUGCCAGAACGGUGUGAAACAAUUGUCAAUCUCAGGAGAAACACGGCAACCACUUCUAGACGGCCUAAUAGCACUCAAAGAACGCAAGUAUGGCAAGUUUCGCAGGAUACUUCCCGUUCGUCAUGAUACCAAGAAGGAAGACAUCUCCGUCAAUUUAGAAGACGGCGUUCUCAUUCUUCGCAUAAACCUGGGGCCACCGCUCGAGUCUGAGCAGGAAUCAGAAAUUAUCCCUAUACCAUGA